GAGGAGCUGGAGGUCUGCCAGUCCUGUGGUGUUAUUGCAAAGAAACUGCAAAACAGGAGGCAAGGAGGAAGAGAAAAUGGACAAAGAAAAGUGAGAUGUGCUCAUUAGACUGCUUGAUGUCACAAAGCUAUCGAUGUCAGAUUGACACAGGGAAGGAAACAGAAAUUUGACCCAGCUCAGAAGACUUAGCAAGAGGAUAUGUUCAUCUACAUCAAGUAUGGAGAUGGCCAGCAUCUUCUUGUUAACCCUAACUGUACACUCAUAAUUUUCCGGAAUUACUUGGAAGGAAAACUGAACAUCCAACAGCCAGACACAGUAGACUUGUAUGAUGACCAGAUGAACAUGAAAUUGCUGUUCCGAAUGAAAGAUCCAAAUGAAAAUCUUGAAAACCUAUUUGAGCCAAGGGGGACCUAUUUUGCGUGCAAAAUCGAACGAAACCAGCUAGACAAUUCCUUUAAAUCAAUUGUUCCACUCGACAGCAGUGCAAAUGCAGAAUUAAUAGACCUGCUUUGUAAAGGCAUAUUCCGGAAGAGGAUGGAUGAUGUUUUCUCCCCACGGCAGACACCUCAAGGACAACAGACUCUUAAGACUCAGUGUGUCACUUUGGACCAUCCAAAACAGAAAAGGCUCACCACCAGACGGGCAUCUUUGACACCUAUGAAGAAGGGAAAAGCAACUCCAAAGACUACAUUUGAAGAAGCUGCUGGAACAGCCCAGAGUGCCGCUUCAGGGAAGUCCAAAUUGGAACCAGGAAAGAAGUCUGGCAAAGGAGUGCGGUGAUGCAGACUUAAUCAUCUUUUCAUCUGGAGAUGCCAGUUUGCCUGAAAACCAAGAGUAAAUGGUGUCAUGUGAGUUUGUCUGGUACUGUUUUUCUCUUUCUUUCCUUUCUUUUCCUAGGAUCAGAAAGUCUCAGCCAGACUAAGUAACUAGGGACAGGCAAUAAAUGCUGAGACAGUCAGUAAUGCCCACAUCACACAAGUGAAAAAAGGAGACUCAUUCCCAAUAGCAAAAGCAACCGCUGUUCCUUGGCCACUGCUAGGGCAGUUCCUGAACUUGACGAGUUAUGCACUACAUUACAAUUCUUUUAAUUGUCC